CGCUAGGGGUACAGUCUAGCUUCUGCGUGCCUGUUUGUUUUGCAACAGUUGGAUGUUUCGUUUUAUAACUUGAUAAACGAAUUACUACAAUACACAGCGGUUUGCAAAAUGAAAGCGUUUUUACGGAAGACGUCCGUAUAUGUGUGUUAUGUUGUUGCAGUCUGGUUGUUUGGUCUGCUGGAAGUAUCCCGGUCAGAAACUGUUGCAAUAACUGAUGCAAAUGCAAAAGACAUUUUAAGUACUCAUGAAAUAGUUUUUGUUAAUUUUUAUGCUGAUUGGUGUAGAUUUAGUCAGAUGUUGACACCUGUAUUUGAAGAAGCAUCCAACAAAGUCAGGGAAGAAUUUCCAAUGCCAGGAAGAGUAGCAUUUGGAAAAGUAGACUGUGAUAACCAAGUAAAUACUGCUCAAACAUACCGAAUCAGUAAAUACCCGACGUUGAAGUUGUUUCGGAAUGGCGAGGUGGUAAAGAAGGAGUAUCGCGGCCAGCGUUCGGCGGAAGCCCUCGCCAGCUUCAUACGAGACCAGCUGAAAGAGUCGGUGGUCGAACAUCAGAAGUUAGAAUCUCUCGAUGAACUCGAGGGCAAGAAGCGACAUGUCAUCGGAUAUUUUCAGGCGAAGAACUCGGAUGCAUAUAGAACAUUUGCCAAAGUUGCCAGUUCAUUCAGGGAUGAUUGUCAAUUUCAUGCUGCUUUUGGCCCUGUUUCUGAAUCUGAGAGAUCAGCAGGCGAUACUGUUGUGUUCAGGCCGCCCAAUAUAUCUACACCAAAGACACAUCGUCAGGACAUUGUGUUCACGGGAACUCUGACAGCCUUAGACCAGCUCAACCAGUGGGUGCAGGACAAGUGUGUACCGCUAGUCCGGGAAAUCACCUUCGAAAACGCUGAGGAACUUACGGAAGAGGGUCUACCGUUUUUAAUUCUGUUUCACAAAUCGGACGAUCAAGCCAUAGUGGACUUGUUUAACCUUCAAGUCCAGAAAGAGUUAAUCCAGGAGAAAAAUACUAUCAAUUUCCUGACUGCGGACGGGUCAAAGUUCACGCAUCCACUACACCACCUCGGCAAGAGUCUGGAUGAUUUACCAGUACUGGCCAUCGACAGCUUCAGACACAUGUAUAUAUUUCCACAUAGCGUCAAAACGGAUAUGGUGAAACCGGGAUUAUUAAAACAGUUUAUCGAAGAUCUCCACUCAGGAAAACUUCACAGAGAGUUUCAUCAUGGUCCUGACCCCAUCACCACACCCACACCGGCUCUGGAGGAGGGUCAAGCCAAAGACCAUAUACCAAAAGACGCCAGCGAUUCUAUAGCAAAGGAGAAGCCCAAACAUCAAACGUCGCCCCCAGAAUCAACGUUCAGAAAACUAGCACCGUCCGGCAAUCGAUACACAAUUCUCCGCGACGAGCUUUAGACCGCUCUUGCUCGAUCUGCCACAGUGACAAUACGCUGAGAGGAGUGAAGCGAUGUGGUUUCACAACUGGGAUGAAUGCUGUGAACUCUGGGUCCGUCUGCCUGCGUCGUGUGAAUGCCAACUGUUGUACAUAAUCUCAUCACAAAGACAACAUUAAUUUUAUUACUUUUUUUUUUGCGGGAAUAUGUUUUAUAGUUACAUGCUGUUUUCUGUUGUGUUUUUAUUUGUACAUAGCAAGUCAGGCAUGUCAUCGUCGGGGCUACAGAUUUUUCAAAAGCUGUCUUAACGCUACGAUAUCGUAAACCCGUCAAAGGCUGUGAUAUCAUUACAGCACACGCUGUAGCCUUUGAUGGUUUUAUGAUAUCCUAGUGCUGAGAUUGCUUUGAAAAUAUGGGCCGUGGAUAUUAUUGGUCUAUGUCUGUCAGUCUAUCUAUGUCUGUGUGUCCGUCUGUCUGUUGACAAUCUGUCGAUCUAUCGCUCUAUCUCUUUGUUGGUCUCUGUCUGUCUGGGUGUCUGUCUGUUUUUCCAAACCUAUGGUGAUAAUUUGUGGAUAAGAAUUCAAAGGUUGGGAUGUUGAUGGAACUGGUUUUACAGCCUUCGAACUUCAGAUCAUCUUGCAAUGGCAAGAUGGCAAAUAAUACAAAAUUAAUAUAAACAAAGUGGAUACCUGAUAAUGAUAAAAAUGCCGUCGCAGAUCCAUUUUGCAACUGAUUUUUGCGGUGGCGCUACCGAUUGCCCAGGACAGCAUGCUUGAACCUUAAUAUAAGCACGAAAAUAAGUUGAAAUUAAAUUAAAUUUUGAUCAUAAAAUACAUAUGUACAACUAGCUCUUCAGUUAACUUUAAAAAAUAUGUGACAGUUGUUUGUGGGAGAUUUACAUAUUAAAAAAAAAAAGAAAAAAAAAAAAAACAAUGGGUGAAAAAAGUAGUACUGUGACAUCCUUACGGAAAUUUUAAAUUACGAGAAUCAAAUCUGUUAAUUUGUUUGGAUGUUCUGUUAGUAUUGAGAUUGUUCUGUUGGUGAUGGAUCUUGAAUGAAGAUGGUAUUAUCUAGUGUGUGAUAAUGAUGGUAUUCUCUAGUGUGUGAUAAAGAUGGUAUUAUCUAGUGUGUGAUAAAGAUGGUAUUCUCUAGUGUGUGAUACCUCCAGUCCCUUUAGUGUUGAGUAUAACAUUUUUAUCUCGGGAUGGUGGUGUGGAUGUAAACAUGUUUUAUUUCUCUGUCUGGUAGGUGUCUGACAAUGUAACCUGCAUGUUGGUUAUGUGAUACAGAUGUAUCCUCUAUAACCCUACUGUUUGAAAUACAUACAUUGUGUCAGGGCUAGAGAGCACUUAAUGUUGAAAACUGUAAAUUUUUUAUACUUUAACAACUAAAGAGUUAACAAGUACACUGUCUGAAAUACACAUACGUGUAUGUAGUUUCUUAAAUUAAUGGAACAGUCGUUUAGUUUAAUUAUCUUGCAGUUCAUUUAUAGCAUUAAAUAAUAAUAUACAUGUAUAUAUCCGACAAGUACAGACGAAGGGGGAAGAAACUAGAAAGCACUAUCCGAAACAGAGAUUCAGCCAGUCUCAUAUAGGGGUGUCGGGUUUCUUCUCGUGGAAUCUGUACUAGUCACCAACAUGUUAAUUUGAUGUUAGAAAUAAGCUCGACAAGGAUCGAACUAAAGAUCUGAUUCCGUAUUCACAAACUUCCAGCCAGUGCUCCACAACUGGUAACAAAGGCUGUGGUAUGUACUAUCCUGUCUUUGGGAUGGUACAUACAAAAGAUACCUUGCUGCUAAUGGAAAUGAGUAGCCCAUGAAGUGAAGACUGUGGGUUUCCUCUCUCAAUAUCUGUGUUGUCCUUAACCAUAAGAAUGAUUUCCAUAUAACGGUAAAUAAAAUGUGUUGAGUGCAUCGUUAAAUAAAACGUUUCCUUCCUUCCUUAUUCACAAACAUACUUAAGUCAAAGAAUCAUGCUUGCCCAUAAACAUGUGCUUUAAGUAUGUUGAUAGGUUUUAACAUGCACAUUCACAGCAAGCUGUUGUAGUACACGCCUGUCAUGGGCGCAGGUGUCGACUUAUGCCGGUUCCUCCGUCCAGGACAGGAAAGGGGUUGGGGAGGGGGAGCGGGAGGAAGAGUGGACCGCCGGCACUUAGCAAGUGCAAGAGAGCACAAGCGGCCUGACCAGGGUCGGUAGGGGGCGGGGGUAUCAUUUUCAUCUCUGUUCGUUAUAUUUUUAUACCAUGGGACAGAAAUCAUAAACCUAAUUACCUACUAGUAACUCGUUUAUCUUUUCUAAUUUUUUUUUUUUUUUAAAUUUCCGCUUGAUUUUUCAUGUAAUGUGUUCUUGUACUUGUCUCAAUACAUGUCUGUGAGUUUGAAUCUUGUGUUUCUCUGUUUUUCAUCUUAAAGCCAGUGACACACUUUGGCUGUGUACAAUAGUUCUGGCUUAAAGCGACAUACUCUAGUUUUUUAAAAACGCACGUUCGUCUGAGAAUUAAUGGUUAACUAGACAAGCUCUAGUUAUUUUUUAUGGUAUUUUCCUGGCUUAAACAUCACAGAUUUUAGCUUCUCUCUGUUAUAACCAUAUCCAAAUGUGUGUUACAUGUUUGUAGAUUAACUAAACUUAGUGUCCAUUUGACAGGCUGAAACUAGGGUCUGUGCCUAUAACACUUUGCCAUGUUAGUUCCAACUUCUUGUCUUGCUUAAGUUAUCAAUUUUACCAAAAUCUAGCCAAUUUAUGAUGUCCUGCUGUUUCUAGUAGCUAAAAAUUAAUUUUAUUUGAAACAAAAAAAGCUUAUACACCUUGGAAAUUACGGUCAGUGGCUUUUAAAGCUUAAAUCUUUGAUGUCAUUUACAUGCAGUUAGCACGCCGUUGCCAUGACGCUGAAGUCUCAAGAUGCUAUUAAAGUCUCAAGUCUGAGACUUAAACCUGUUUAAUAAGGACAGAGCCAGAUCACUGGCAGUUAAACAUUCUGCAUAAUAAAUGUUUGUACGGUUGUAUUGCAAAGGCAGAGAACAUUUAUAUGGUAUCGCGUCUCAAUUUGUGAGGAACGUUUCUGAGAUCGCUACACAGUUUUGAAACAAACAGUUACAAGUAGUUGUUAAUCAAUUUUCAGUUGACGAGAAAUAUCGCUAAUCAAGAUUUUAAAAAACAAAACGUUCCUUGAAAGGUUACAACACUUACAUCUUGUGGACAGUUUUUUAAAACUUAUGUUAAAAUUAAAUUCUUAAGUUCAUAUCAUCAUAAAAAUUGACGAAUUGUAAAACGGCUAAAAUAAAGACAAUCACCAUUGGUUUGUAGAUAUAUUCCAUUAAGCAGAAUGCUUCUCAUUGCUACUAAUAGGCAUAAAUUUAGUGUACUGAUAUUCAUACCAUAUAUAUAUAAAACAGUGAAUGAAUGUUUAACAGCACCCCAGCACAAAAAUACAUCGCAUUGCUGUCGACAACCUUAGAAGAGAUUUUUUUUUAAUGCAUGUUUUCCAUGUCCAUGCCUGCACUGCACCAAAAAUCUUAAAUAUUGUAAAACGGCCAUUAUACAAUAUAUAUGUAGGGCCAAAUUUUCACCAAAAAAAUCUUAAAGACAGGUGUUUAAUCAUUGUAAAUGUUAAGUAGUUACAGGGCCCGGUAACACAAAGCACUCGUACGUGUUACAUGUUCUUUGUUACCAGGCCCAGGUGUGUAAGACAUAAACAUGCUUUGUAAAUUUGGCCCAUAAUCAUUUAUUAUUUUUUGAGCAUGUUUUUUGAUGAAGAUUUAAAAA